CAAAGUGGAACCACAGCAAAACAAAAUGGCUGUUUGUGUCGCGGUGAUAGCGAAGGAGGUAAGGGGAUUUCAAUGCCAUAGUUUCUUUGAUCGAGGAUCCGUAUUUCUAAGUGACUUGUGCUAACAUUGAGCUUUUUUAUUGCUAGAAUCAUCCCCUAUUUUUGCGAACAAUGUCCCCGGAAGAGGAGUUGAAAUUUCACUACACCGUGCACACGUCGCUGGAUGUCGUCGAGGAAAAGGGUAGGCUUAUUAAGUAAAAUUUGCAACAAUCAGUUUCUGUAUUUCACGUUUCACAUGCAAAUUUCUUGUUAACACUCCACUUCACGCGGAUAUAAGCGUAAAACGUACCAUGAUGACGUCAUGAUGACGUCACCGAGUUUCAGAAAGCGUUACUGGGCAACAGAUGAUGGUCGACUUCUGAAAUGCUUACACCCAUGGCAAUAAGAAAAUUAAACUAUAUCUUCCUAUUCUACCUAUUUGCUAUUAUAAAUAUGUAAAGAAUUAUCAUUUUGCCACUCUGAUAAGGGCUGGGUCACCACCAUUGGCAUUGCCAGCAAAACUAAUUUAUACACCAUUAACAUAGUGUUUCAAUAGAUGCGUACUGUAUUUGUACUGUAUAAAUGCAUUUUGUUUUAGUGUCAUCAUUGACAAAGAGUUCAAAUGAUCCUCGAGAACUUUACUUGGGUCUACUUUAUCCAACUGAAGACUAUAAAGUGUAUCCUCAUUCCUGUUAGCGCUUGUUCUGUAUAGUUUGGGACCAUUAUUAUAAAAGAUAUUUUAAGAUAAUAAAAAUUACUGUUUUCCAGCAGUAGUAGAAGCUGUUUGUCUGUAGAAGCUGAUCAAUCGAGAUUGGAUUUUUUGUCAGAGAAAGAAUAGUUGUAGUUUUAAUUAAGCCCAGAUCAAACGAGAGUGAGAGUGCAUGAGAGUUGCAGUCAUGUAACCUUGCCUUGGUUAGCUUUCUUAAUGCUUUCCCAACACAAUCAUGUACUCUAUCUAAGACCCCGUUCACACGAUACUGGCAUGGAAUUCUGCCGGCAAAAAAUCAUCACGGUUUCAACUGUUCACACGGUACCGGCAGAUUAUAUUCCGCUUUGACAAUAUGCUGCACAAAUCAGUUAAAAUAGACAGAAUAAAAUAUCCAACAACAACUUUUGCAGUUUUGUUCAUUUCAUUUUGCACAACCGUAAUGAAAUUCUUACGGUUAGGCGUUCACACGGCACUCUGACGGAAGAAUUUCAUUCCGUUUUCAAACUCUUACGGUUUGCAUAUCGUUUUCAAACUCUUUCGGUUAGCGUUACGGUUUCACAUUUUUUCAUACCGGCGUCGUGUGAACGCAUCCCCUAAACGUAAGAAUUUCGUUCCGUUUUCCAACUCUGCCGGUAUCUUGUGAACGGGUUCUAUCCCCUGUAACAAUGCGGGACUGCAAACUCUUUACUCUUAACAACUCUCUUCAUCGUUUGACCAGGACUUUAUUGAGUUUAUUCUUUAGUUUUUCUUGACAAUCUAAGAUAUGGUUAUGUUACCAACACUAAAAUUAAAUUUGUAGUGGUUGUGGAAUCUGCAAACAACUUUUUAAGGGACAACGAAAUAAGAAUGGUUAGUACUAUCUCUCCUAGAAAAAAAUACGAGAAUUGUCCUCACCAAGGAUCAAUCUGAAAGCUUCUUGGUAUUCUUUUUAUAUAGAUGUUCCAACGUCUUCAUGUUGCAUACACAGACAUGUUUUGUAACCCAUUUUAUAACGCUGGUGAAAAUAUCACCUCCAGGUUAGUCUGUUAUACCAAGUUGUAUUAAAUUUGUGGGUGUAGCGUUACAAGUGAAUAUACUACUAAAGGAGUAAAGCUCGAUUGUCACUUCUGUCAAUUUCUCGCUUAAUUUCUUUUGAAUUGUAAGCGCUCAAGUAGAACUGAUUUAUUCGAAUAGUCACAAUUAUUUUUCUUUAAGUGGAAAUCCCCCUAAGCCAGAUGGAAUACACAACACUGUGCCGUCAAUACCCAUGUCAGAAUCGCCAUUGAAAUUCGUAGUGCUGUCCGUUUCUCAACAAAAUCAACACAAUUUUUUCCAGACGAUUUGAAAAAGUGGUGGAAAACAUGAUGAAGCAAGACUGAGGAACGUGCAUAGACAUUGCACGCAAAGACGUUGAAGUACAAUCUACGAGAAUAUUGUCAGAAGAGCCCGAGGUUUCACCCAGAGAUAAGAGUGUAGUUUCAAAAUGGCAAGAUAGACAACCUCGAAUUGCUAGACUAAUGUAAUUGUAAAUAAUUUGCCAUGUAAAUAAGAACACCCGAUGAUAAUAAAGCAUUGACAUUGUAAAAAAGUAUGAACUUUAACACGUUGUAAACGGAAUGAUCUUCAAUUUGUCGAAAGCAGGGUAUCUCUUAAGGGACUGGUCAUAAAGUAACUGCUAGGGUGGGCUGGAGG